GGGCAGCACCGUCGCUCCGCUCGCUGCCAGUUUGACUUGGCUGGGACCCUCUUCCACGCGUGAUUCUCGGCGGCAGCGAGAGACAACGAUUCUGUGCGGCGGAAAAAAGCGGUGUAGGAGCGAGGUUAUAAGCAUUACGGCUUUUAGAUCUCGUUCUUUAUCUGUCGAACGUCUGUAACACAUGCCUUGCCAGGUCGUGUGAGCCAUACACAAAGAGACAAAAACACAACAAUAAAAUGAAUGAGGACGGAAAUGCAUAUCCUCUCGCUCUCUCUUUGUAAAUAAAAACCCAACGAGGAGAAUAAACACAGUCGAACUUAACCUAUCAUAAGAUCUCAUUAAAAAAAGAGAAAAAAGAAAAGGAAAAGAAGAAGUAAAAAAAAAAGAAAAAAAGUGCGCUCUAUCCUUCACCCAAUUAUUCACACUUCCUCCGGGAUAAUAUAGCUUCCCGAAGAAACAGCUGGACCGAAGAACCAUGGCGUGGAGGAACAGCAAGAGCGGGCCAUCUCCAGGAACUCUUGCCUUGCUCCUCCUCUUCAUGCAAGGCACGGCCGCCAUCAGGAUCACCCGGGUCAAAGUCCCUCCUCUCCUGAAGGUGGGGGACGAAGGGGACCUCGACUGCAUCUGGGAGACGGAGAAGGACGAGAUGUACUCCAUCAAAUGGUACCAAGAGGGCCACGAAUUCUACCGGUACACGCCCUCUUCACGAGAUCCCAUUCAGAUCUUCGACCCGCCCACGCUCGACGUUGAUCGCGAGGGUUCCUGGGGAGGCAGCGUGAGGAUCGCCAACGUGACCCUGGCGGCCGAGGGCUCCUUCCACUGCGAGGUCUCCGCCGACGCCCCGACCUUCCACACGGCGUCCGACACCGCCCACAUCAGGAUCGUGGACCUUCCCGACAGCAACCCGGUGAUCCAGGGCAUGAAACCGCAGUACCUCCCGAGCGACUGGGUUGAUCUGACAUGCAUCUCGCGAAGGUCCAAACCGGCGCCUGUUCUCACCUUCAGGAUCAACUCGGAGCUAGCGACGGCGGGAUGGCUCGAGCCCCAAGAGAACCGACAGGACGAGAACGGCCUCUUCACGUCUUCUUUACGCCUGAGGUUCUCCCUUCUGCCACGCCUUCUGGAGGAGGGGGACGUGCGGGUGCUCUGCGUCGCCGAGAUCGAUGGCAUCUAUCGCGAAGCCUCGGAGGAAAUGCUGUUAAUCUCUCCCCGUUACCAGGCUUCGGUUCGCGAGGGAGGAGCUGCUGUCGGUACACCCCCACACCCCUGCCACGCCGGGCUGUUGGCGCUGCUCACCCUUCUCGUAUCCACUGCCACCCAGCCUCUGCUAUGAGUAAUGUGAGAAUGGGUCUGCUCCCCCCCCCCCCACCCCCUCCUUCCCUUCGCCCCUGCCUCUCCUUCAUUCCUCUUUGAUCUAUGUUGGGUCAUCUGCUUCUUGAAAGGUCAUCGAUGAUUAGGUAAUUUGAUUCAUUGAGCAUUUCUAUAUUUUCGAGAUUUUUUUUUUUUUUUGUGUUUGUCAUUAGGGUAAUAUGUGUCUUUUUUUUGUUUUGUUAUUCAUGGAUGGAGUGUGGUACAGGCUGUCCGAUUUGGCUGUGUGGUUAGAUGUUGGUAAGGUUUGUGGUGUUUGGUAGAUGGUUUUAUUGUCUGAAUGUAGUUAUUAGAUUUCUGUUCUAUUUCCUCCCUUGAUCUCUCUCUCUCUCUCUCUCUCUCUCUCUCUCUCUCUCUCUCUCUCUCUCUCUCUCUCUCUCUCUCUCUCUCUCUCUCUCUCUCUCUCUCUCUCCCGCUCUCUCUCACUCUCUGUUUCUUUCUCUCUGUCUGUCUGUCUGUCGCAGAAACGCACAACAGCCGAUAUCUAUUCUCCCUCCUCUCCUUCAAUUGCUUCACUUAGUACUAUGUAUUAUGCAAAUUAAUUUCCUCCUCCUUUUCAGUCAUUUCCUUCUUCCACAAAUCCCUUUCCGGAAUCCCAGCUACUCCAUUUCAUCCUGUACUGCUAUAGUCAUCCAGCUUCCUGACCUGUUCAUCUUUCCUCUCCUGAACCAGCUCUCCUGCUGCUCUCGCCUCGCAGCCUCCCUCAGCCUCUUUCUUAUCCUCCGCCCCUUUGUUGUACAGCUAUCCCUCUCGAAGCUCAUGCAUAUCCCUUUCCCACAAGGUUAUCCCGUAUUAAGCUGAAUUACUCGGUAGUCCGUUAAAGCCCUGACUUCAACUACAUUACGUUUCCUUUUACAAUUACAUCUAUUAUUGUCAUUCUCUUUUACUUUAGACUAUAAUUGCUAGACUAUUACAAUUACUAUUAGACUAUUACUAUUGGUACACUAUUAUAACAGUCACUAAUAUGCCUACUUUUGCAGCCACGAUCAAAACCCAGCAUUGCAAUGUCAUCCUCAUCACUCUUACGUAAAUACAAAUCACCCAUUGGAUCCCCACUAAGAAAAAAAAAAACGUUUGCUAAACUUUGAGGAACUUUUUCAUAAGAAUUAACUGUACGAGUACCUAUUGUUUGCAUAACAGAUACAUAUGUUAUGAAUGCUUUUGUUUAUUAUUGAAUAUAUUGAACCUUUCUUUCAUGUGGUUAAUUCAGUGGCCUUUUGCAUGCAUUUAUUAUUAUUUUUUUUUUUUUUUUUGUGUGUAAUUCUCUGCUAACAAUUUUCAAAUUCAGUUCCCUGAAACAUCUGGAAUGUAAAGAUAUGUUGAUAAUAAGAUAUAAUUUCCUUUUUUUUAACUUCAGAAACGUAAAUGAAGAAUGGUACUAAUUAACUCAAAUUGCUAAUAGUAAUCACAUCCUAUUCAGUGAGAAAAUCCACUUCACAAUAUUGUUUUCUAACAUACACAAGCAACUGCCGUAAUAAUAAAACCUUGUAUAAUGUGAGUGAAUGACAAAUAUUCUCCACAUUAAUUAAUCUUCAUAUUUCAUCUCGAACAGAAUAUCUUCUUCAAUAUCACAUUCACUGCACACUAUGAACUAUGAGAGAGAGUGAGUGAGUGAGUG